GCAGAUGAACCGGUGACUUAUUGAACAGGGAAAUCACAGGAAUCUUUGAACCAGUCGCUUUUAUUUGCUUUUACUCCAUGUUGCGUGUGACAGAGAACUGAAACAAAGAGCGUGUAUUUGGAUGAAAUCCGACCCCGGAUAAUCUCGCCGCCAGCAAUGACAUUUUUAUGUCUUUGCUGUUUAGGAGGAACAAAAUAAUGAGGUUUCAGCGCUUCUUGUUUUUUAGUUUUCUUGGUUUAAGCUUUAUGUGCUUUAUCGCCUCAUUACUGCUUCCAAAAAUCAAGGAAAGGAAUCUGAUCCACUUUCCGUCCAAGACGCUUUCAAGGUACGCAGAAUUUCUUCGCGCAAAACUCAAUCCGUCCACGUCCACUGAAAACCGUUACGUGCAAGCAGCAAGCGACGACUUAAGCCAGUCGUCUUCUUCAACGGAACCUCAGGAGGAUGACGCUGAAUCAGAGAGUGUUAGGGCUGUUGAUCGCGAAAUAGAAGAAAUACUGAACAGUACAAACGGACAAUCUGAAGAUUUGGCUGUAGAAGAGGAGGAUGAUAUCCAAGAAACGUCUACAGAAGAAAGCCUCGUGAAAUACGACGAAUUAAGCUGCACGCCUCACAAAAGUAUCGCCUUCCUCAAAACCCAUAAAACCGGAAGCAGCACUCUCACAAAUAUCCUAAAUCGUUAUGCAGACCUCAGAGAACUAAGCAUAGCACUUCCAAGGGAACAUCUGUACCGCUUUGGUUGGCCAGGUUACUUCAAUUGGAGGAAUGUGGACAUGUUUCGAUUGAACGGACAACCAGCUCAUAUCCUAUGUAACCACGCUCGAUACAAUAGACCUGCAAUGGAUAUUGUAAUGCGCAGCGACACUAAGUAUAUUACGAUUUUGCGUGACCCGGUUAAUCAGUUUGAGUCUACAUUCAACUACAUGGAACUGUAUCGUGAUUUUAAUUUGCCGAAGUUUCCAAAUCCAAUGGAAGUUUUUCUGAAAAAUCCUUAUGGACACCUUCAAAACUUAACAAAAAGGGUGAAAUCCCUUCCUGAAUCGAUCAAUUUGGUGAGAAAUGGAAUGUUCUUUGAUUUAGGUUUCUCGUCAUUGAUGGGCAGCAGGAAAGACAGUGAACUUCGCAACGCUAUCGCAAAUAUUGAGAAGGAAUUUUCACUGGUUCUUAUCAUGGAAUAUUUCGACGAGAGUCUAGUUCUUCUAAAGCGUGAAUUCUGCUGGGAUUUAGACGAUGUUAUUUACAUCAAACAGAAUCAACGAAAGUACGGUAAUAAUACGUCGCAUAACUUUAUUUCUGCGCAACUCAGGCGCAGGAUAAGGAACUGGAACCGAGCCGAUGUGUUACUUUACGAACACUUCAACAAGACUUUCUGGGAGAAAAUCAAACGGCACGGGAGGGGAUUUUACGAAGACCUUACAGAACUGAAGCGCAAAAAUUUGGAGAUGUGUCGUGACUGUGUUUCCCCUGAGGAAGUGACAGAAACCGCGUUUCGACUGAGUGGAAAAAUACGAGGUUUUAAGCUAAACAAUGGCGUUUCACGUUUCAACAGAUACCUAUGUGAAAAGCUGCUUACAAACGAAAUAGACUACAUUAAUUAUUUCCGCCGGAAGCUGAACCCUCACUCAGAAUAUCAGAAGCAACUAAGAGCUGCAGGAAAAGCACCUCAUACAUCGGCUGAAAACACCAUAAGUCAAAGAAUUCGUGCGUUUCAAAGCAAACAGUUGCAAAUUAGAGCGGGAAAUCCUGUUCCAAAGGCGAGGCCGUAGCAACCGCAUAGAACUUCGUCUAAAGGCAUUAGUGGACGAUCUCAGGGAAAGGAAAGUUUUCGUUGUCUAUCAAGAUAGAGCGUUUCUGGCCGCACGUGAACCAAGUAAACUCAUCAUAAUCACAAGGUGUUUGUAUACAAGUGAUGGAUCCAAAAUAUGUCUAAUUGGCACCUGUGGCCAUGCAAUUGAACCGCACAUGUGCGUAAACACGCUCUUACCGUAAUGGAAAAGAGACAAAAGCUGCGUUGCUGGUGGUUUGUGUAACGCUGGAUCAAAAUAUAUGCAGCGCAGCAGCGAAAUCAAGCAGGUUUCUCCCAUUUAUUCGGUUCAAGGCUUUCUUUCCUUGGUCUCAUUCCUACGCUAGGAUUUAGACGAAUACCCUUUCGUUUAGGCCGUUUGCGCACAUAAAGGUUUUUAUGUUAAUGUAAAUUCCAAACCAUAACGUAUAAAUUUGCAAAGGAUGCCAUUUGUCUAUCAAUAACGAAGGGCCGAGCCCGA